CCUCAGCUGCCCGCUCCAUGGCGCCCUCGUGCUUCAGCGCCGCGGUCUUAGCGCUGCUGUGGCUGGCGCGCGCGCUCUGCGCGCCGGCGGCGGUACAGUCGCUGCAGGAGACAAGUGGCCCCGCGACAUGCUGGCUGCAGGGGGAGGCGCAUCCCCACGGCCAGAAGGUGCACCGCGAGGACCCGUGCGAGCUGUGCCUGUGCGUGGACGGCGAGUUGUUGUGCAGUUGGCAGGCCUGCUCCGAGGAGACCCCCUGCGCGGCCAGCCAGGGCCGCACGUGUGACAACGCGACGGGCUCAGCUGCGAGCUCCAGCGGCCGACCCGAGAACUACACGAGCGCGGAGCCGACAGCAGCGCCCGUGGCGACUUCGGGAACCACCGAGGUCCCCCCCUCCGCGCCGCCCGCCUGCUACGUCAUGGGUGCCCGGUACGAGGCGGGCGAGGCGCUGCCCAGGGACACUGGCACGUGUCUGGAGUGCGUGUGUGACGUGGAGGCGCGUGUCACGUGCAGCCCCCGGGACUGCGGGGCGAGCCAGCACGACGACUACCGCGCCAGCCUCGACAUGCUUGACGUGGACACCUUCUAGAACCCUCGCCUGCUCCGGGAUCACCUCUACUCUUCUACUGACUGCCCCUCCACCACAACCCCUGGUGACCAACUGCUCAUUCCAUAAGACACAGUCAGUGCACUGAAGCGGUGGACAACUGCGUGUCAAAGUGUCAAGUGUAACACGAAAUUGUAUGAUCAUGAUGUAAUCCUAAAUAUAAGGAGAUGUGCUAUAUUUAUGAUUGAUAUAAGUAUUCAACAAAGCUGGUUUAGAUUAGUGUGCUAUCUUUCAAUGUUAGUAGCGGGUUCAAAUGCAGAAACGACACAAACUUGUGUUUGUUGUUCUUUUUACCAGUUUUCUUCGCUGGCUUCUAGGCCAGGAGUCACUGGCUUUGUAUUUAUUGGUGACUUACACACGCGUUAUCGUAUUCUAACGAAUAAUAUCACGUAGCAAGUCAUCAAUCUAAAGUUUUUGUUCUCCCCUUAUUUAUUUUAUUUGGAUGCUGUUUAUCACGCAUCACUGCAGUUUACACACAUGAUUUUAUUAUACGUGUGUUUAUUCUACGUUAUGCCUUCAAUUAAUGUUUUAGUCAUUUUGUACAUAACUUCUCAUGGAGCGCAUAUAAAGUCAAUUUUCCUUUUUAAACUAUGUUCUUGUCAAAUGUUAGGUCAUAUUGUGUCGUAAUCCUUAUAUAUUGGUCGUACAAUUUACACUAGACCAAACAUCAAAUAUUUUAAUUUCCACCUUCUUCUUAAAAGUGUUACAAACUCUAAAACUAUACAAAUCAGGCAUUUUCGCCAGAUGAAUUGUGGUAAUUAUGAAAAUGUGAUUAUCUCAUUUUUCACAUUUUCACAUUACUUUUUAAAAAUAGUUUAACUCAACGCAUUUUUAUUGUGUGAGGAGUGUGAGGAACCAAUAAAAUAAAUCAUCAUUUUAAUCAUUAUUGUCGAAAUUAUUACUAAUUCAAAAUGUAUUUUAUAGAAACGCAAGGUGUAUUCACAUUUUCUCACAAAGUAUUUGUUUGUAUCCACAUUCAGAAUAUUCUUCUAGGAUUCUUGCUUUUAAACUGGACUUUUUGACCUAUAUUCUUCCGAGGUAUUGAUUUGUAUAAGAAAAGUACUUAUACAGCUUUUCAAAAUAAAAUUUAAAACUUCAUAAAGAGUUGAAUAAAAGUGAUUAAAAAAUAAAAAUGAUUAAUGCAAUCUACUCUCCAAGCAGAAAACAUAUCUAAUUCACCCAGUUUUAAGAUCAUGUUAUAGUGAGUUGCGUGGACAUAUUGUGGAGUAAUCUGUAAUGACACUUCACUGUCAACAGUACAACAUAUUACUCAUGUUUGCUCAAAUCCUUAGACUAGAUUUGAAUGGUUUUCAGAGAAUCUAGCUGGUCACGUUCAGGGGCUGCCUGGUAGAGAGCUGACAUGCUUAUUAUGCUUGCCAAAAGAAAUUUUUUUUAUAUUCACAGUAUUGUUAGAGCAUCAAAUAAAUCUCAAAAAUAUUGUGAAUAAGGCAUGAUUUUUUUCUAAAAAUGUCACCAAAAUCUAACUGCUGUGGUAUAAGUCGUAUUAAAUGAGAUCUCCUUUACGUUGUUGGCAGUUAAAGCCAUUACUGCUGGAUAAAAAUUUGUCACUACAGUAAAGUUUGUGUAAUACAUGCAUGAUUGAAAGAUUGUAUUUCAUCAUCUCCAACCAGAUAGUUAACUCUAUACCGAUUCUUCAAGUUCUUAUAAAAUAUUCAGCUAGCGCCUUUGUGCAACUGCUCUGUCAGGGAAUUGAGUAAACUUCUGAAAAUGGUAUGAGUUAUUUACAUUUGUUAAUAUGCUGCUGAUAAACAUUUGGUAAAAAUAAGUUGUCAUCAAAAAAUAAAAUGCAAAGGAUGCGUUGAAAACAAUUUACUUAAUCCUUCAGGAAACUAAUUAAAUGUGAUCCUCAAAAUUGUGGGCAUAUCAAAUGUUAUAUUUCGCAUUAGACAUGAAAAUUAAUUUUCCCAUUGUCUCUUAUUAAGAGCCUUUUAAAUGCAUAAUCCAAUUAAUGCAAAGGAUACUCAGGAGUUCAAAAAGUUAAACAGGCCGAUCUUUCUUUUUUGUGAUGUGGUUUUAUAAAUAAUUAAUUAGUUUUCUGUAUAAAAAGUAUCCAUACAAAAGU